ACCUGGCCAGGCUCGAGACCACGACGCUCGUCAUCACAUCCAAUACGAAGCCACCCACUCAUUCUCACUCCUCCAUCAUCACAGUUCGUGGAUGCCCUCUGUCCACUUCACAAUUACCAUCUGAGGGCCGUCCAGUCCUUUAAUAUUGUAUUCCGCAUACUUUUAUUGCAUUUGUUUUUAACUUUCAACCCUUUCCAGUGGAGCUUUCACGCUCCAGAGAGCUCCAGUCUCGGUUCCUCACAACCCCCGAAUUUAGCGCCUCCUCGAACCUCCCAGACGAGCUUUUGUCCGUGGUCUUGCGAAGGAAUCAACCCGUAAUGUAUUCCAACUCGAACGCCUUCCUAGGCGGUAAUAGCCAGCGUCCUGGCGGCCAGCAGCAGCAAUAUGGCGGAGGAUCCUUUGGUAAUCUGGGUGCUGGCCAGCAGCCUGGUCAACCCAGCCCCUUUGCGCCUCAACCUACAGGCUUUGGGCAAGCACCUCUGCAGCAGCAGUAUACGGGCUUUCCAAUGCAUGGUCAAGGUCUACAGCCGCAGCAGCCCCUUUCAACAACAGUUUACGGGAUUUCCGGGACAGCAGCAACAACAACAACCCCAGCCACAGCAGCAGAGCUUCCAGACAGGUGCUCCUGCGAUGCCGUCGAUUCCGCGUCAGUUCCAGCAACAGUUCCAGCAGCAGCAGCAGCAGCAGCAAUCCAGUAGCUUCUCCGCCUCGCCUCAGCAAGCUUCUGGGCCUUCAAACCCACCACCAGCGCCGAUGAAGCCCCAGGCUACCGGCUUCACCGAGAUGGCCGCGUCUUUUCAGACUGGCGGUACUGCGAAGCCACGAGGUCGACGACAGGAGAAGUCGCAGCCCAACAAAAUCCCCAAUAUCCGUCUCUCCUUCAUCACAGCCCAGGACCAGGCCAAGUUCGAAACCCUGUUCAAGUCUGCUGUCGGAGAGGCUGGCAUGACCAUGUCAGGAGAGAAGGCUCGGGAUCUGCUUAUGAGGUCAAGACUUGAUGGCGACUCCCUAUCGCACAUCUGGACUCUUGCUGAUACCACUCGUGCUGGCCAGCUCUACUUCCCCGAAUUCGCACUCGCCAUGUACCUGUGCAACUUGAAACUGACUGGCAAGCAGCUGCCACCUAACCUGCCCGAGAACAUCAAGAACGAGGUUUCGAGCAUGGUGGAUAUCAUUAGCUUCAGCGUCGCUGACGAGAGCGCUCCUGGAGCCAGCUCUUCCUCUGCUCCUGAUAUCAGAAGCAACACUGCCACUCCACCGACCAUUCAGCAGCCGCAACCUCAGCCUCAAGCCUCAAAUGCACAGCUGCUUCAAGCGCAGAUGACUGGGUUCCCAGGACAGCAGACAGGUUUCGCUCAGCAACAGGGUCUCCAAAGCCAGCAAACAGGGUUCCCUGGGAUGACAAACAAUCCUCAAGCCACAGGUUACAGCGGUCCCCGUCCCCCAAUGCCCCCGAUGCCCACGGGAUUUGGCCAGUCGCUCGCUCCUGGGCCUGCAGGUGGUAUGACUGCCCCUCUGAAUGCUCAACCUACAGGACGGCCUGGCCAAUGGGGUCUUGUCAAUGCUCCUUCCACAGGCCUGCCUAACAUCGAUGCCCUCCAAGCCCAGAUGAUGCCUCAACAGGGCCGAGAAGCUGGAAACUUCACCACUCAGGGACUGCGAGGAAACGCCGUUAUCCCCUGGGCCAUUACAAAGGAAGAGAAGACCCGAUAUGAUUCUCUUUUCAAGGCUUGGGAUGGUCUUGGCAAGGGGUACAUCGGUGGUGACCAGGCUAUCGAGAUAUUUGGUCAGAGUGGACUUGAGAAGCCCGAUCUUGAGCGAGUUUGGACUCUGGCUGAUCACGGUAACAAGGGACGUCUGGACCUCGACGAAUUCGCCGUUGCCAUGCAUUUGAUCUACAGAAAGCUAAACGGUUAUCCAUUGCCUAACAACCUUCCCCCUGAGCUUGUCCCUCCUUCGACUCGAAACUUUAGCCAGUCCAUCGGUACCCUCAAGUCAAUGCUGCACGAUGAGUCUGAAUUCCGCACCAAAUCAGGUGCCGCUCUGCUUCCGCAGAAGACUGGCGUUAGCUAUAUGAAGAAUCGCUCAUUCAGGGGCGCACCUGCUGGAGCCGUCGCUGGUCGGAAGGAUGCCACCGUCUUCAAGAACGAAGACGAACAGUUUGGAUAUAGAUCGAGCGCUCGUCGCAGGGUCGGCAACAACUCGCCUCGUCCCGAAUCUCCUGCUUCUGUCGCCUCGAAUGACGACCUGACCUUGGAUCAGCUCAAGAAAAAGAUUAAGGAGAAGGAGGUUCUCCUUGAUGCUAUGGAUUUCGCAGAUGAGAAGAACCAUGAAGAGGACGAUAUCCUCGACCGCCGUGACCGCCGUGAGGCGGAGGAGCUCUAUCGUCGCAUUCGUCGAAUCCAAGAGGAUAUCGACUCUCAUCCCGAUGCUGCGCUUGCAAGUGGAGACUCCGACGCUGAGCGAAGAGCUCUCAAGCGCCAACUUCAAAAUCUUACUGACAAGGUUCCCGAACUUGCUUCGCAGGUGCGCAGAACUGAGAAAGCUAUCAUGGAUGCUCGGUUGGAACUGUUCCGUAUCAAGGAUGCCAAGGCUCACCCUGGCAGUGGUGCUCCUAUUGUAGGAACAGGACCUGGCGGUACAGUAACUGAGUCGGAUCGACUAAAGGCCAGGGCCAAGGCCAUGAUGCAGCAGCGAACUGCUGCAUUGACUGGCAAGAAGGUUGAUGUCGGCACUGAUGAUCUCGAUGCGCCUAAGCGCCUCGAGGAAGAGAGCAUCAAGGUAAAAAAUGAAAAGGAGAGCAACGAGCGUAUGGUUCGUGAUGUCGAGGAAAGUGUUCGCGACUUUGCGCACGGUAUCGAGGACAGUCUCAAAGAGGGUGGCCACGACAACACUAGCGAGCACGAAAAACGCCGCUGGGAGGACGCACUCGGUGUCGAGGAUGAGGUUCGAGACUUUAUCUUCGACCUUCAGCGUGAAAGCCGCAGCGCUCGACUUCGUGCUCAAGACAAGCGGCCCGCCCGGGCUUCGGCACGCACUGAGGAAAGUCGGCCGGAACGUGUCGCUAGUCCUAGAGUUGAGAGUCCCGUCUCGACCUCUCGUACGGCAACUCCUCCUGCUGGAGGCUCAUAUUCUUCAUACAAGACCCCUGAGGAGAGAGCUGCUUUUAUUAAACAGCAAGCUGAACAGCGAAUGGCUGAGAGGUUGGCCGCUCUCGGUAUCAAGGCCCCGACAAAGCCCGGCGAGACAGCUGCGCAGCGCAUCGAGCGAGAACGCGCUGAGCGAGCUGCGAAGUUACGGCAAGCGGAGGAAGAGGAUGCCCGUAGAGAAGCCGAUCGGGAGGCUCGUCUAGCUGAAGAGCAAGGGAUCCCACCUCCUGCACCUGAACAAUCCAAGGCGGAGGCCAAGAGGCCUCCACCUCCCCCUACACGACACCGCGGUAAGCCAGAGGCUGAUCAAGAGGCUGCAAAGAAGGUUGAAGAGGAUGCUGCCGCUAAGCGGGCCGAAGAAGCACGACUUGCCCAUGAGCACGAGCAGCAGCAGCGCGAGACGCAGCAGAUGGAAGAAGACGCAAAGGAACAGGAGGAUGAUCUUGCCAAGGAGCGUGAGGCUUCUGAAGCUCGUCUGAAAGCCCUUGAAGAACAAGUGAGACAAGGCAAACUUCGCAAGGAGGAAGAGAAGAAGCGGAAGAAGGCGGCCAUGGCCGAGGCCAAGGAGAAGGAGGCCAAACUUGCAGCGCGGCGGGCAGAGAUUGAGGCUGCGCGUCAACGAGAGUUAGAACUUCAACGGCAGCUUGAAGCUAUGGAAGACAGUGAUAGCUCGUCCUCGGAUGAAGACGCAGGUCCUCAACAAAUCACUCCUCAAGCUUCUACGCCCACCAGGAGCGACAGUCAGGUAGCCAGCCAAGAGCUUGACAAGAAGCCAUCACCGCCCCCUGCUGCUGAGGCAGUUUCGCCUUCUCCUCCUCCUCCAGCGGUUGUCACGUCGCCUCCCAGUGAGACCGAGAGUAAGAACCCUUUCUUCAGGAUGAUGUCUCAGUCGACCGAGGGUACACCCGCUGCUGCCCCUCCGGCACCUUCGGCUACGAACCCUUUCCAUAGGAUGGCCCAGAACCAGGAAGCCAAAGCUCCUUCUGGCCCCGUCUCGCGUCGCCGUGCAGACACUGACGACUGGGGUUCUGAUAAUGAUGACAAGGACGAUGACUCAGACGAUGAGCGACCUGGUGGUGGUAGUGCAGCUCAGCUGGCUUCUAUGCUAUUUGGCACAAUGGCACCUCCUCGUCCUCUCUCCGCAGCCGGUAGGGAAUCGGCAACUGCUAGUCCUGUGGCUACCAAUGCUGUGACUCCUGUCGCACCUCCUCCGCCUCCCCCGAUGCCUAACACUGGCUCUCCGGCUCCGAUGAUUUCUCCCCCACCUCCGCCUCCCAUGCCAGGAACUGACGUCCCUUCGGCACCACCGCCCCCACCACCAAUGCCAUCAGUCGGUGCCCCUCCUCCACCUCCUCCCCCCAUGGGUGGUGCUCCUCCGCCUCCUCCGCCUCCCGGCGAUGCACCUGCUCCUCCUUCCGGUGGCGGUCGUCCAGCUGGCUUCCUGAGUGAGAUCCAGUUGGGCAAGGCUCUCAAGAAGACAACCACCAAAGACAGCAGUGCAGCGGCGGUGGCUGGACGAGUUUUGGAUUAAAGCCAUGCUUUUUGGGGGCAUAUCUUGGAGAAGGAGACAGAUAAUUGCUGAUUAUGAGUUGGGACCCCGAGAUAGGGGAAAGGUUUAGUCAAGGAAAAGGGGAUGGCUAUUUGUGUUGAUGCGCGUAGAGCUAGCUAGUUAGUAAUGUGAGUCCAGAAAAACGACCUUGUCGUGACUCUUUUUGGGUUUUCUUUUACUCGCUACGGCUUGUGGGACUUUUUACUUGCGACUACAUAUUUACUGUGCGGUGCUGUGAAGUAUGCUACUAUGUGGAGGAACGUCGUGAACAUGCUGUGAAGCCAAGAUCGAAGCGCGAUGCCGCUUCACGAUAAAGAUAAUAAUACUAGGUCGUCGGGGACGAGGCCUCGUGCUCCGGCUUGCGAUUGUCCUGCGUUGGCGUCAAAAAGGUCUCAGUCAGGUCUCAAGCCCCUUUCGUCAAUUCACGAUGACAUUGUCUUGGAAUUCGGAUAUAAGUCAGCACACGCACGAAGUGGGCAUUGAGAAGGGAGUUUCAGUCUUUGACAAACCCGCGAGGUCGUAAUUGGCAUUACUCGGCUUGGCGGGAAUUACUGGCCAAGUUGACAAGGCAUGCUGCGAAUGUGAGUGAGUGUGAGGUGCGGGAG